UGUGUGUAUUGGCUAAGUUUGUAUGUGUAUCAAAUAAAUGUAAUGUCAAGAGAUUCCAUGUUAAUUUCCCAUUGUAACUUUAGCAACUUAUCAUAGUUGUGACACUGGACAACAUGUCACAACAAAAUACAAAGUACGCUGAUGUUAUACAGAUCCCACAUUGUUUAAUGUUCAAAAAAGAAAGUUUUAGGGCAAAUUGCUUGUAACUUAAUUGUAACAUUCACAUUCGUUGCCAUGAAAAAAAAAUCUCUCUUGAGCUCUUGAGAGUGCCUCUUGAUGAGGUGCAGAGGUGGACGAUGAACUCUACCUGGAUGUCUAUUGUCUCAUGUAGUCUUUUACUGAAUUCACUAAAUGCCAGAGUGGGUGUAAUUUACCUCUGCAGUGGAGUCGGGGGGGUCGCCCCAUGCUCUGUGGUGGUGCUACUGCUGUGGGCCCGUGUCUUGAGUCGCCUGGGCCCCCUGCUUUUGAUGGCUUCUGGGGAAUGAGGGUUUAUUUGGCAGAGUGGAGAGGCCAGAAGGUAGCUCUGUCAAGGCUAUCAUCUCUCAAUUACUUGGAGGAUUUUCUCCAUGGAUUGUCAAUGUUACAGGCCCUGCAGAGCCCCCAGGUGGUUCAAUUGGUGGGGUUUUGCCUUGAAGAGCACAUCAUUUUGACAGAACACCACCCGUUUGGCUCAUUGCUUAAUCUGGAUGAUGUUCUUGAAAAAGAGCAUUACCAGCAACACAACAAUUGGGAGAUGCGGCUGAGGCUAGCUAUAGAUUACGUCACCAUCCUCCAUUACCUUCAUAACAGCCCAGUUGGGCGACGAGUUAUGUGCGAUUCAAACAGCCUUGAGAAAACUCUGUCCCAAUUUCUACUGACAAAUGACUUUCAUCUAGUAGUGAAUGACCUUGAUGCACUUCCUGAAGUGGAUAUGUCCAGAAACUUGUCAGUGAAAUGUGGCCAUCGGGAGGUCACUGGAGAUUUUGUUGCCCCAGAGCAGCUAUGGCCAUUCAGAAACAAUGGAAAGCCAUUUUCAGACAAUCUCAUGCCAGAGUAUGAUGAGAAGACCGAUAUUUGGAAGAUCCCAGAUGUGACGUGGUUCCUUAUGGGAAAGGUACCUGGUGGGGAUUUAGUCCAUUUCCAUCUUUUUCAGAUCCAUGAGAAGUGCAAGAAGAAGGAUCCCACCGACCGCCCUUCAGCUUUUGAUGUUUUGAAGGUUUACAAAUCAGUCUACAGCAGCAUGGUACGAGACAGUGCUGGGUUUAGAGAUAUGCUGUAGAGCAGCAGUCCCAAACCCCUGCCACAUUGAUCAACAUCCAAUGAUCAAAGACCCGGACCAAUGACUUUACCUUUUUCACAUAAAUAGCCUCCUUGACUCCACACUCAAACCAGUGUGUCUCACUAUCCAGGAUGUGUAAGUGCUAUGUCCAGAUGAACAGAUAAGAUGUGGUCCCAAAUGGAGCUAUUUUAUUUCAUUUUAGUUAUUUACAUAUACUAAUGGCAAGGAUCCAGUUUGAUUAUAAAUAGAUUUAUUAGAGGUUGAAUUAGUCUGCUACAGUGGAUCAUAAUGGCUUGUCAGUGGCUUUAUCAGUGAACAAGACAUUGUUUUAAUUUUUUUUAUGCUUCUUACCCUGAAAACAAUCUAAUAAGUAGCCUUUUUUUUUUUACAGAGAAAAGAGCAGUUAAUUAUACAGAACAACCAACAAUCUGCAGCCUACCUGGGUCUCACUUGCUGUUCGUUUAAAUUAGCAGUUUAGAAUGUUUAGAAUAAAUGGUAGAUCACAAAAAGUUAGGAUAAACCUGCUCUUUACAUUUCCCAUUGUUUAGAUAAUUUUCCCCUUUGGUUGAUAUUUUAAAUCCCAUAUGGACCAAGGUUUGUUACCUGGUUCUAAAAACGAAUAGAAAAUAGAAAAUGCAAUGUUUGUUUUCUCGUGAUUUGAACUGUUCUGUUUUCUUAUUCCACCUUAUGGCUGGAAUAGUAUAAUGUUCAGACAUUAUUUAUUUAUUUGUAACCGCAUCAAAGACAUAUACAUUAAAUAUUGAAAUUCAACCUCAUGGUUACUUCUCCGUUUAGGUGACAUAGUACACUUUUGAUUGAUCAGGUCUGUGAAUAUGUAACCAUUUAUGACUAUUACUAUAAGAAAUGGACAUUAAUCAAAUUUAAAAAGCCACUUUUUGUUUUUUGAGUCUUAUUUGUUUUGGGAUAUGGAUGCUGGGCUUUGGGGUAGACAUUUUCUUU